AUGUCAGAGUCAGACUACAUGUCCGAUGGCUCCGAGGGCUUUGCGCUCCCGGCGAAGAAGUCGGCGGCCCCCAAGGCCAAAGCCGCUCCCAAGCCGAAGGCGGCCACCGGCGCAAAGGCAGGUACCUCCAAGGCCAACGGUGCUGCUGCCAAGCCUAAAAAGCAGCCCCUCUCCAAGCGCAGCAGCAACGGCGCUGACAGCGACCUCGACGUCAGCAUGAUGGACAGCGAGGCUGAUGUCUCAUUCCAGCCUCCUGCCCCCGCCAAAUCGGCCACGAGCAAGAGCGCCUCCGAAACCUACCAGAAGCUUUCUCAGCUUGAGCAUAUCCUCAAGCGUCCCGAUACCUACAUCGGCAGUGUCGAGAAGCACACAGAGAAGCUUUGGGUCUACGAUAAGACCAAAAAGCAGAUGGCCUACCGCGAGACCACCUAUGUGCCCGGUUUCUACAAGAUCUUUGACGAGAUCCUGGUCAACGCCGCCGACAACAAGGCGCGCGACCCCAACAUGACGCACCUCAAGGUCGAGAUCAACCGCGAAGAAGGCUCCAUCAUGAUCUGGAACAACGGUCACGGUAUUCCUAUCGAGAUGCACGAAAAGGAGCGCGUCUACAUCCCCGAGCUCAUCUUUGGCCACCUCCUCACCUCGUCCAACUACGACGACAACGAGGCCAAGGUCACCGGUGGUCGAAAUGGCUACGGUGCUAAGCUCGCCAACAUCUACUCGACCGAAUUCGUCGUCGAAACCGCCGAUUCCAAGAACCAGUGCAAGUACAAGCAGACUUUCAGCAAAAACAUGCACGACAAGGGCAAGCCCAAGAUCACCAAGCACACCAAGUCGGACGAAUACACGAGCAUCACCUUCAAGCCCGACCUUGCCCUCUUUGGCAUGGACUCCAUCGACGACCACAUGGAAGCGCUCAUGCUCAAGCGCGUUUACGAUAUGGCCGGUACCGUCAAGGGCAUCAAGGUCACCCUCAACGGCGAGUUGCUCAAGAUCAAGAACUUCAAGCAGUACGUGGAAAUGUAUGUCACCGCCAUCAACGAGCUCGGCGGCAAGGCUGACGACGGCGAGGAAGGCGCUGCCGACGUGCCCACUGGCGCUGCUCCCAAGCCUGCCAUUAUCUACGAAUCCACCGUCGAUAAGGGCCGCAACUGGGAGGUGGCCUUUGCCGUCUCGGACGGCGAGUUCCGUCAGGUGUCGUUCGUCAACAACAUCGCCACCAUCAAGGGUGGUAAGCACGUCGACCAUGUCGCUGACCAGGUCAUCACGCGUCUCAUCGACCAUGUCAAGAAGGACAAAAAGACGGGAAAAGUCAUGCCCAACCAGGUCCGACAGCAGCUCUGGGUGUUUGUCAACUGUCAGAUCGUCAACCCCACCUUCGACGGCCAGACCAAGGAGACGCUCACGCUCAAGCAGAGUGCCUUUGGAAGCAAGUGGACGCUGACCGACGAGUUUGCGAAAAAGAUCAUCAAGUCUGGCGUCGUUGACAACAUUGUCAGCUUUGCGCGCUUCAAGCAGGACCAGGCGCUCAAGAAGACCGACGGUCACAAGCGCACCAGGAUCACUAACAUCCCCAAGCUCGAGGAUGCCAACAAUGCCGGUGGCAGGAAAGCCAAGGACUGCACGCUCAUCCUCACCGAAGGUGACUCGGCCAAGUCGCUUGCCGUUGCCGGUAUCGUCGAGGUCGGAAGAGACAACUACGGUGUGUUCCCGCUCCGUGGUAAGCUCUUGAACGUCCGCGAAGCCUCUCACGAUCAGAUCAUGAAGAACGCCGAAAUCAAGGCCAUCAAGGAGAUCUUGGGUCUCCAGCAUGGCAAGCAGUAUCUCGACGUCAACAGCUUGCGAUACGGCAGCAUUAUGAUCAUGACCGAUCAGGACCACGACGGUUCGCACAUCAAGGGUCUCAUCAUCAACUUCCUUGACCACUUUUACCCCUCGCUGCUCAAGAUCCCGGGCUUCCUCGUCGAGUUUAUCACUCCCAUCGUCAAAUGCAGAAAGGGUAAGCAGGAGCUGUCCUUCUUCACCAUCCCCGAGUACGAAACCUGGAGGGACUCGCACAACGGCGGCAAAGGUUGGCACAUCAAAUACUACAAGGGUCUCGGUACCUCGGAAUCGUCGGAUGCUAAAAAGUACUUCCGCGCCCUUGAGAAGCACAAGCUCCCCUUCGAUGUCACCCAAGAGGGCGAUCGCGAGCUCAUCGAUCUCGCCUUCAACAAGAAGAAAGCCGACGACCGUAAGGAGUGGCUCCGCCAAUUCCGUCCUGGUACUUAUCUGGACCACAACACGGACCGCAUCCCGUACGCCGACUUCAUCAACAAGGAGCUCAUCCUCUUCUCGAUGGCAGACAACCUUCGAUCCAUCCCGUCCGUAGUCGAUGGUCUCAAGCCCGGUCAGCGAAAGGUCAUCUACGUCAUGUUUAACCGCAAGAGCAAUGCUGAGUUGAAGGUCAACACCCUCGUGGGUUACGUCUUGGGCCAAGCGGCCUACCACCACGGUGACGCUGCGCUCUCGAUGACCAUCGUCGGUCUCGCACAAAAUUUCGUGGGUAGUAACAACGUCAACUUGCUCGAGCCUAGGGGCCAAUUCGGUACUCGUCUGCUGGGUGGUAAGGAUGCCGCCUCGGGACGAUACAUCUUCACGGCCUUGCCCAAGAUUACGCGAGCGCUCUUCCCUCAGACGGAUGAUGCGCUGCUCGACUAUCUCGAUGAUGACGGUCAGAAAGUGGAGCCUCACUGGUACAUUCCCGUGGUGCCGCAGGUGCUGAUGAACGGUGCUGAAGGUAUCGGUACUGGCUGGUCUACUUCCGUACCCAACUACAACCCACACGAGAUUGUCGCCAACCUGCGACGACGCAUGGCGGGCGAGGACGUUAUUCCUAUGAAGCCGUGGUUCCGUGGCUUCACUGGUGACGUUGAAGAGUUCAGCCCGGGUCGGUUCAAGAUCAGCGGCCGCGUCACGCAAAUCGACGAAAAGACGUGGGAGAUCACCGAGCUGCCCAUCCGCACCUGGACCUCCAACUACAAGGAGUCGCUCGAGGAGCGCAUCGUGUCGUCGGAAAAGGCACAGGCCACUAUCAAGGACUACAAAGAGUACCACACCGAGUCGACCGUCAACUUUAUCGUCGAGUUGACCACCAAGGGUCAGGCAGAGAUUGCCGAGAAGGGUCCCGACGCCUUCUUCAAGCUCUCGUGCCAGAUUUCCACCACCAACAUGGUGCUAUUUGACCAGGACGGGAAAAUCAAAAAGUACUCUUCGGCCGAGGAGAUCAUGGAGGAUUUCUACCUCUUGCGUCUCUCGUACUACCAGAAGAGGAAGGAGUAUCUGGUGGACCAGCUCAAGAUGAUGUACGACAAGCUGUCGAACCAGGCUCGCUUCGUACAGAUGAUCAUCAGUCGUCAGCUCGUCGUCUCGAACCGCAAGCGCGCAGACAUUGUGGCUGAUUUGCGCGAGAAAGACUUCCGGCCGUUUCCCAAGCAAGGCAAAGCCUCCAUCGCCGCCGAGCCCGAGGACGAAGAAGCGAUCGACGAGGAAGACAUCUCUGCCGACUCGGACUUUGACUACCUGCUCAACAUGGCCAUCUACAACCUGACCAAGGAGAAGGUGGAGAAGCUGUUGAGGGAGCGGGACCUCAAGGAGGAAGAGCUCAAGGUGCUUAUUGGCCGCACGCCGCAGAAUCUGUGGGAUGAGGAUCUGUCCAGGUUCCUCGAGCUCUGGGAAGAAAUGCUGGCCGAAGACGACCGCCGCCUCAAGGACGUUGUCACCAAGGUCAAGAAGGGCAAGCAAACCAAGAAGACCUCGGCCAAGAGCGGUGCGGCCGCCCGGCGCGUGCUGAAGAAGCCGAUCAACUCGGACGGCGAAGAGGAAGACGAUGGCAUGAAUGACUUGAACGGCGACGAUUCCGAGGACGACUUCAAGCCGUCGACCGCUGCUGCCAAGAAGAAGGCGGCUGCGCCCGCACAUGGCAGCCCGGCAAAGAAGCGCGCCGCAGCCGACGCUCUUGACGAUGACGACAUUGCAGCGUUGAUGAGCACCACAGCGAAUGGUGCUGCUGCGAAAAAGCCGCGGGCUAACGGCGCAGCCUCGAGGUCGGCCACUGCUUCGCGAGCAGCCACUCCGCAGAUCGUCGAGCUCAAUGAUGAUGAUGAUGAAGAUGAUGACGAUAAGAACAAGCUCGCUCCGCUUUUCAAGAAGACGAGUGCUGGAGCAAGCAGCAAGCCUGCUGCGGCCAAGAAAGCUGCUGCUCCCAAGAAAGCUGCCGCUGCAGCGAGCAAGUCGGAGGAGGCGCCCAAAGCUUUCAGCCUGUCCGAUUCGGAGAACGAGACGCUCCCGGCGCCCAAGGCCAAGAAGGCCGUGGCAGCCAAGUCUGCCGCCGCAAAGAAGGCCAACACUGGUCUUGGCCGCAAGAAAGUUGCCGCCCUUGCCUCUGAUACGGAAGACUCGUUCGCGAUCGACAGCCCUGGCCCUUCUGCGCCUGCGCGCGCCUCGGGACGCUCGGCACGAAGCGCAUCUGGCAAGAUGAGCUACAAGCUCGACGACUCGGACGGCGAAAGCGAUUGA